UUCCCCACGUUGAACAUUGCAUUUUGCAUUUUCAGAGAGAGAGAGAGAGAGAGAGAGAGAUGGGUAGUUUGAAAAAAGCUUCUGAGAUUGCAGCUGUGUUGAAUCUGCAGCCUCAUCCUGAAGGAGGUUUCUACUCUGAAACUUUCAGAGAUUCCUCAAUCACUCUCUCCAAAUCUCAACUUCCAUCCCAUUAUAAGGUGGACCGCCCCAUCAGCACAUCUAUCUACUUCCUUCUUCCAUCAGGGAGUGUCUCGCACCUUCAUCGCAUCCCAUGUGCUGAAACCUGGCAUUUUUACAUGGGAGAACCACUGACGGUGUUUGAGCUCAGCGAAGAUGGGAAGAUUAAGCUGACUGCCCUGGGUACUGAUCUAGAAGCCGGUCAGCGCCCCCAAUACACAGUGCCACCGAACGUGUGGUUUGGAUCAUUUCCGACAGGGGAUGUCGAAUCCUAUUCCCCUGAUGGGACUUCACUCGUGAAAGCUCCAGCAAGGGAUGCCGAGAACCAUUACUCUCUGGUCGGCUGUACAUGCGCACCUGCCUUCCAAUUCCAGGACUUUGAGCUGGCCUCUCGUGCCAAUGUCCUUGCUUUUGCGUCCCAUGCCGAGCCUUUCAUCAGUUACCUCACUUUUGCUGACUGAUCAGAUCCACCGUCGAGCCUUUAAUGGUGGGGAUUUUCACAUGGUAUUGUUGUAUUUGAUGAUUUACCGAAUAAAAAUUUGGUGUUUUUAAGGUUGUUGGAAUUUCUUUUUGAAGUUUGCUUGCUUGAGUGGCUGUUAUGACUAAUGAUCAUCUUAAUCCUAUGUCAAAAAUAUUAGGAUUGGUUG